AUGAUAUCCGAAUUUAAGAUCUGACGUGUUAAGAGAAGCGAUUCCAUUUUCAAAAUGAAGGUCAUCGUUUUUAGGAUGUGUGGGGGUAAGAGUUGGAUGCUUGGACCAAAAAAUGAGGUGAGGGUAGUGGUGGUGGCCAAAACGGAUAUGACCAAUGCCAAUGUUGGUGCUAGUGGUGUGGCAUUUGCUAUCAACAAUGGAAAGAUAUACAAGAAAUCUGCAUUAAUUGUGGGGAGCAAUGGAUGGAGGACGUGGUGGAACGGCGGGCAACCCGUUAAUAGACACACGCCAACACAGAAAGAACAAAUUUUCGGUAUGCGAACCAUUUUUCGCACAACACAAUUUUUGGCGGUUAUUUUUAAACAUUCCGAGUGCAAAGAGUCCAAGCACAUCAGCCAGCUAUGGCGUUGA